CCGGAACCUCGAAACCAUCAUCGACCUGUGAAGAAACACCCCACGUCCUAAAGCGUCCAAUCGCUCUGCGAUCAUUACCUCGUUCCCUCGAAACACCGACCAAAAGAAAAAAGCAUCGUCAACGCCAUGGGCGCGGCCAAAGGCAUUGCCCUUCGGGGCUUGAUGUUCCUCUUGCGAGCCAUUCAGUUCUGCUGCGCCGCGAUCGUGCUCGCGCUCUUCUCCUACUUUCUCGCGACUCUUACCAACCAUAAUAUGCACAUCCCUACUUGGGCACGGGCGGUCGCAGGCAUCUCUGGCGUUGGUGUCCUCUACACUAUCCUUGCCCUGCUCAUGCUCUGCUGCGUACCCGGCCGCUCAUUCCCGUCAUUCAUCACGAUGGUCCUCGAUGUGGCCUUCAUCGGCGGCUUCAUUUACAUUGCUACUGCGAACCGCGGCGGGGCGUCGUCUUGUAACGGGGAGGUCGACACGGUGUAUGGCAAAGGAGAUGCGAAUACCAAUGUGGUGGAUAACGGCAGCGGCGGGUUUACGGCGCUGCCUAGUUUGAGGACGGCUUGCAAGAUGGAGUCGGCAUGUUUGGCAGUAUCGAUCGUUGCAGUCAUCUUGUUCGCCAUCACUCCGUUCGUUAGCCUGGCCCUCGUUCGCCACCGCCGUAAGGAGGCGCGCUUCGGCCCGUCCCCGGCCAACAACUACACCGAGGGCUACGGCCGCCGCAAGCGCUUUAACUGGUUCGGCCUCGGCCGGAAGCGCACUGCACCGGUGGACGGCAUUCCGGAUCCCAACGCGCUGCCCCAGCACUCUACCCCGGAGGAUCUGCGCAAUAGCUAUGCGACCGAGCAGACCCGGGUGGGCAGCGGCGGCGGGUAUGGCGGGUUGGGCAACGGCUCGACCAAGUCACCGUAUGGCGCCGGCAAUGACAUUCCGCUCGGGAGUUACCCGAAUGGUAGUGCCGGGUAUCGGUAUGACAAUCCCGGUGUGUAUCACCGGUAAGAUGUCGAAACCGUGCUACUUGUGGUUCCGGGGCAAGCCGAUGAGACAGCAGCGGUUUAUUUGGACGAGAACGGUCGAAACUAUUUGCAU